UAUCCACGACUAAAUGAUGGCUAUGUUUUAGAGACCCACAUGACAUGAAUGUAUGGAUCGGGGCAGCGCUUCAGAAUCUCACUGGCUGAGCGAGAUGGAAAAAAGUAAAGGAAGACAAAGGGAAAAAAGAAAGAUGAAUCAAAAAAAUGGUAACAAGAAGAAAAGAGCCAGAAGUAACACAUCCAGGCUUCCAGACCUGAAGAAGAUGAAUGUUCCAUCAGUUACGAAGCAGACUAAGCCAGAAUGUGAAGUGAAGGAAAACUGCUCAGAAACAGGUUUUAGUAAAGAUGAGAGAAUAAAGAGAAUGAAAAGAUACUCAAACAUCUUUGCUCAAAACACAGAUGUUUUUCAAGAGGUCAGAGAUAAGAAACAACUAGUUGUUCGUUGUGGAAAAAUGUCAGGUUCUCUUCACAGAAUAAAGUAUGACACUGGAGAGAAGUGUAUUUCAUGUAAAGGGAAGUGGUAUAGUCCCAGUCAGUUUGAGGCGAUUGGAGGGAAGGGGAGUCACAAGAGGUGGAGGUUUAACAUCUAUUACAGGCCAUCAAAAGGCUUUCAACAAGUGCAACUACUGAAACUCAUAAAGAGCGGGGUUCUUCCAGAGUUCGGACACCUGAGGGAGUCCUUUAGACGGGUGACGCAGAAAGACAAAAGCCGUGCAAAAUCUGUGCAAAAUAUGACAAGGAAAAAUGAAUUGAUAAAUGCCUUAAAAGGUUUUCCAGAGUCCUGGAAAAGAUUGUUUGCCAAGACUGUUUCAAUACCUGUGUGUGGAAUUAAAAAGAACACACUGCAGAGGAAAACAAUCCAGCCGGACAUUUCUUCAGAUGAAUCCGAAUCUGUUGCCGAAAGAGUCAAACUGAACAGGAGAGAAUCUGUGAUGUCAGCUGAACCCGUCAGUAAAAAUACUACAGAUACAGUUGGAUCUACUGCCAGUGAUAAGGAUCCGCCUGAUUCACAUCCUGUUGAUGCUUCAGAACCUGGAGUCUCUCCUGUCGUAGAGGAGGCCGUCCAGAGCACAGAUGACCCAGCCGGAGCAGGACAGCUCAGCGUCAGCGCUUCCCCUGCUGAUUGGCAGAACCCUGUUGCUUCUGAAGAGACUCGGGAAACAAGGCAGCUGCAAUUAUAUGAACUUCUGGAAAAACAGUUUAACACCAUCAACAACACCCUGCAAUCAAUCGAUUUGUCUUUAAAGAAGCUGGUGGAAAAGCAGUCACAUGACACACUGCCUCAAUACAUCAGUAUAACACCUGCUGUUAUAGAAAAUCCUCAGAUUCACUCCUUAGUCAAGCAGGAGUAAGUCACAGAUGUUGUAAGGACUUGUUUGGGAUUGGGAUGGAAAUGAUGGGCUAUGGUUUAAGAUUAAACAAAAGCAGGUCAGUACUGAUGAAGUAGAACUGUGGUCUGAGAGGCUGUGAUUAGAUAUGUAUACAUCUUCACUAGGUAACUAAUACACCAAUAUCUUUUUAAUGUGCAAGGGCCAAGAAAAUAAACAUCUCUUUUGAUAAUCAUUUACUGUUUUUGUCACAUUACAACAUUUGUAAUGUCACAUUCUUGUUGUAAUGACAUUAUUUUCUGUCACUGCUUGAGGAAAAUACGUAGGUCAUAGUCUCUGAAUUUUUA